CAGGAUAUCGCUUCGCCCCAUCCACUUCUUUUUCUUUCCCUUGUUCUUCGCAUCCUAGGGUUUUCCAUUUCCACAUCCAUAAAGACAGUGUAGUGUAUGAACUCCACUCCACCGUUGUCGUCGUCGCCGUCGUUUGCAUCAGUCUUUACGAGGGUGGCACAGUGAACGGACACAACGAACUGCAUGUGAUUGCAGCUGGGACUAAGUGGAUAGUGAAUAAUCACGGUGGAUCGGAAAAGCUCCUUCAGGAAUUGCUGAAAUCGGUACUGUUCGCGGCUAAUUCUCAGCUAAUCGCGAGUGUAACGAAACGAACUUCCGGUACGUUGCGUUCCGGUUUGGUUUGGAAGCAACGUUACUUGGAAAAUCUACCUGAAGAAAAUCAAUCCCCUCGAAGAAAGGAUCUUGGGAUUUUCCAAGAUGUCGUCGUCGUCCUCGUCCUCGUCGGUCGCAUUCAGUAGUGAGCGCGCGUCGGCGCAGUAGUCGUUGCUCGGUUGCCCGUCGCGAAUCCUUCUUCUGGCUGCGGCCGACAGUCUGUCAUCGUCCUUGCUGGCCCCGCGUCGUCCAUCGGUGUCGUCGGGUUUGGGUGCGUAAAUAUUUAUCCUGCCAUAGCGGGAGUGUUUUCCGGCGUUCGAAGAUCGAAAGAAAGAAAGGAAAAUCUCAGUGCUCCCUAGACUGCUAUUGUCGAAGAAAUGUAAAACCAUCGAAUCAGUGCUCGCAACUCACUUUUGGUGAUAUUUUCAAAAAACAACAUUAAAAUGCUUUCGAAUGUUUAGAUUAGUUCCGGCCGAAAAUUUCCAGUCGCGUUCCAGUUACUCCUACCCAGUGUGACCAGCGAGCAACAAAGGAUACUCGUAUGACUUUGAUACUGAUUUUGCUGUUUUUGAAAAACAUUUGCAUAUUUUUUAACAAAUUGGUUUUGCGUUGCUACAACUCCUUCCUGAUCCAUCCGAACAACAACCACCUGGAGAACGGUGGCAAACACGGAGGGAAUCGAUACCGAUCCCGAACGGUUGGCAACCACAAGCUCUAUUACAACGAUAAGGAUCUGCUAGUUCGACCGCGACGGUCUCGCCGUCUUCGCAACGAACAACUGCAACAACAGCAACAGCAGCAGCAACAACUGCUAGUCGAUAGGGAUAGCUACGGGAAGUACUACUGAGUCGUGCGCCUCCCAUGGAACGGCGCCGCUUGAAAACGUGACUCACCUAGUUAGACACCGUAGCAAAUAGUAAUUCAAUUACCCAUAGAAUCAACCGAAGUCGAUAUCAGAGAUUGAAAUCUUAUCAACGGUUUGGCCGGAACCAGUACCACCACCACCCUUCAAAAUCUUCGAUUACCCAGCGCAUUUUAGUGGAAUUAAAUCCUUUGUCGGAAGUUCGCUGACCCUCUACCGCUAGGCUAGCUCGCUCAGGACAAAUCCAUCAUAUCAUCACUCAACCAUCACCAUCAUCCGAAUAGGAGAGGAGAAGGAAAAAAGGAAACCACUUGUCGCAACGUCGUCAUCGUCGGAAACUACAUACGCGCGCUGUGCUGGGGUGGCGAUUGCAAUGCACAGUGGUUCGGAAAGGUGAUUUUAGAAGAAACUACAACCCCGUCACCAAUGACCAUUCAGGAUAGCCGCAGCAGUACCUCCAGCACUCAUACGACCACGCAAGAAUCCGGUCCAAGUUCGUCCCUCAACGGUACCAGUUCCGGUUCAAGUCAUGCGAGAGUAACCGUACGUGCUCCCGUUCUGUCCAGUAAUGGUUCGAGCAGCAGCAGCAGCAGCAACAAUAGCAGCAGUACAGUGGAGGCGGCGGGAUCGGCUGCCGGUACCACUUCCGGCCGCCAUCAUUCUGCUGCGAUGGAUAACGAAGUGGCUGUGGCUGUGGCAGCGGCAGGUGAAGAUAACAACAACCAUUACCGGUUAGGAGGAGGUGAGAGGCCCCUGCAGAAUGGCUGCGAGGACAAAUGGAGCUGGAGCAAGCGGGACCGCUCGAAGGAGGUGUGGCUCAGCGGGGCCAACAAUCGGACGGUGCACUUCCAUCCCAACUGGAGCAAGGGCACGGCCGGGAUUAGGGGCACCCGGGUGCUCAACAAUGGACGCUACUACUGGGAGCUAAGUGUGUCGCAGCGGGUCUUCGGGACGAGUAUGAUGUUCGGCAUCGGUACGAAAAAGGCCCGAUUGCACGUGAACGCUUUUACCAACCUGCUCGGUGAGGACAAGAACGGCUGGGGCCUAUCGCACAAAGGACUACUGUGGCACGAUGGUAUGGCACGGAAUUACACCAAACGCUUCAAGGAGAAUCAGGCCACCAAGAUUGGGAUACUGUUCGAUGGGAUUGCCGGAACGUUGACGUACUACAAGGACGAGGUGUGCCUGGGAAUUGCCUUCCGGGGGUUGAAUGAGAUUCGUGAACCUCUGUACCCGAUCGUCUGUUCGACGGCCGCCAAAACGGAAAUGGUGCUGACGGAUUCGCGGCGGGAUUUUGUCAACCUGCAGGACCGCUGCCGGGCGAUCAUCAUCAAGCACAUCAAGACACGUGAGAAGCUCGAUCGACUGAAUCUGCCGCACUGUAUUACCAACUAUCUGGCCGAUGCGUUGACCGAUAGCAGUACUCCGGUGACGCCCUUGGACCAGCACCUGAUUGAUUACUAUCUGUUUUAGCUGGUUGGGCGGUGGUGCUGUGUGCUUCCAGAGUGGGGCGUAUUUUCUGUGGUAAAUUUUGCAGUUUUAGUGCUAUUUUUCAAUGUUGUUAUUUUGAUAGGUAAAUUCUUAUUUUUUAUUGAUUAUUAUUGUAAAACAAAUUUUAUGUUGAUCUCAAGGCCGUACUCGAAGGAAACGAAUCAGUUUCGUUUUUUUGAACUAGUCUUAGCUUAAGAUAACCCUAAGAUGAGGGCAACGACAAGUAGGUAUAUGAUUUGAAAAAUCAAAUUUGUUGUCUUUUUGUCUGUGACUUCAUCAAAUUAUUCGUUAAUUAUUUUGUUAAUAUGUUUGAUCCCUUCGAUGCUUCUAGUCACUAUGUAGACUGAAUGCGAAACGAAUCGAAGAAGUAUGUAUUUCUAAAGCCUCCUCCAACGAGCCAGUAGUGGCUCGAAAGU